AUGCCCGCUCCCGGCGGGCCGCCGCCACCGGCCUCCUCGCCGCCGUACUCCGGCCUCUUUGCGGCGCUGCAUCACUGCAUCUCCGGUGGCAACGCCUCUGCAGCCGUCUCCCUCCUGCCAACCCUCGCACGCGCCGGCCUGCGCGCGCCGUUCCCGCUCCUCUCCUCCCUCGCGCGCCUCCUCCUGCUCCGCCCCGCCGCGCCGGCCUUCCCCUCCCUGGCCGGCCGCCUCCUCCUCUACGUCCGCCUCGCUGGCCUCAAGCGCCUCGUCCCCUGCUCCACUCAGCUCGCAAACCGCCUCCUGUCCCUGCACUUCCUCCUCGGCCGCCCGGGCGAUGCCCGCGGGCUGUUCGCCAAAAUGCCCCGCCCCAGCGUCCACUCCUACAACGCCAUGCUCGCCGGGUAUGCGCGCCUCGCUCUCGCCGGCCCCGCGGCCGAGGUCUUCGCAGCCAUGCCACACAGGGACCUUGUCUCCUACAACGCUGCUCUGCUUGCGCUUGCUCGUGGUGGCGAAAUGCAAGGAGCCAUGGCGCUGUACUCCGAGCUCCGGAACAUGUCGCCUUCCCUUGGGUACAGCCAUCACACCUUCUUGGCGCUCCUUAUUGCCUGUGCGGAGCUCAUGGACGGGGAGCUUGCCACGCAACUCCAUGCCCAUUUGGCUGUUCUCGGGUUCUUGUCUGAUGUCAACAUUGCCAGCUCUCUUAUUGAGGUGUACAGAAAACGCGGUUGCGUUGAUGCUGCAGCGAAGCUGUUCGAUGAGAUGCCUGUUAAAGAUUUGCAGAUGUGGACGACUAUAGUUUGUGCCUAUGCAGAAGAUGGCCAAUUGGCUGCUGCUCGUCGGAUCUUUGAUCAGAUGCCAGAUAGGAAUAUAUUUUCAUGGAAUGCUCUCAUCGAGGGAUUUGUUAGCCAUGGGCAGCCAGUGGAAGCUUUGGAUAUGUUUCAACACUUGAUGAUGGAAGAUUUGCGGCCAGAUCAAUUCACCUUCGCUAGUUGUCUGAGUGCUUGUUCAGCUAUGUGUUCACUGAAUCAUGGGCUGCAGAUCCAUGGAUGGUUGCUAAGAACUGCUUUUGAUCGAAGUGUAAUGAUCAUGAGCUCACUCAUUGACAUGUAUUCAAAAUGCGACUAUUUGGCUGGUGCCAAGCAGGUGUUCAGCCUGACAGGUCAGGAAAGGAGGGGUGCUGUGUUGUGGAAUGGAAUGUUGUCUGCUCUGUGUCAUCAUGGGCAUGCACAGGAGGCGAUAGAAUUGUUUGUUCAGAUGCUUCAGGAGAGGCUGAAACCUGAUGCUAACACAUUCUUGCUGGUUUUCACAGCUUGCUGCCAUUGCAGCCUAGUUGAAGAAGGCGUGAAAUUCUUUGGUUUGAUGACUGAGAGAUAUAAGAUUGUUCCAGGAGAAGACCACUACAUUCGUAUAGUGGAUUUGGAUGGUCAUGCUGACAAGGACAAGGACUUUGGCAUGCUGCAUCAAAAAGAAAUGGCAAUGGAGGGGCAAGUGGACAUCGGAUUACUGAUGGGUGUAGCACAAAGGCAAAUAUCAUUGAAGGCAAACAGCCUGCUGUCACAUCACAUGCCAAUGGACACAGGAAAUAGGAAUUUUACAUUACGUUUCAACUAA